AUGAACACCACGGCAAACAACACCAAGAGACCAAGAAAACCCCAUUUUUCCCCCCAGGAGCUGUCUGCAUUGGUGGCUGAGUCACCGUUGAAGACCUCAGUCACCAAUGCAGACAAGAAAUUAGCGUGGGUGGAGGUGACGCGGAGGGUCAAUGCGGUGGGCCAGGGCAUCACCAGAACAGCGGACGAGGUCCGCAUCAAGUGGAGGGACUAUUCCACCGUAGUUAAAAAGAAGGCUGCCGCUCUCAGGAGAGAGAUGGCGAAAACUGGUGGUGGUAGCAGCAGUCUGCCUCCUCUCUCUCCUGAGGAGGAGAAGGUGCUUGCGGUGUUGGGUCCCGAGGCGACUGAAGGCACUCGGGGGGGGCUAGAUAUACAAGCAACAUCUGGCCCUCCGCACACCAUUGCCACCUCCACCUCAAGACACCACCCUGCUAACUCCACCUCCUCCAUCAACCAACCCAGCAGUCCUCCAAACAUCACCGUUCACUCCCCUCCACUCUCCAUAUCAGGCACCCAACCCAGCACUCCACCGUCAUCCACAGUCACCAGACCCAGCAGCCCAGCCUUCACCUACAACCCCUCAUCCUCCCCAGCCGCUUCACCCUUCUACAGCAACACAGUGCCUGACCCUGCUCCCAACUAUGCACACCCCAGGGCUGCCUCCUCACCUCCCUCUCGUCUAAGGAGCCUCCAAGCAGGGUGCAGGGACCCUUGUGGGUGCAGUGCGGAGCUCCUGGGGUAUGAGAGGGAGAAGAUCGUGGUGGGGAGAGCCAUCAGGGAGGAGCUGGUAGCCCUGGGGGACAUAGCAAAGGACAUGAUGGCCCAAGCGGAGAGACACCAUCAGGAAUCCCUUGCGGCCAUCAGGGAGCAGGGUCAGAGACACCAUAACCAGUUCAUGGACCUCCUCAGUAUAAUCCAGCAGCAAGUCACACGACCUUCGUUCACACUUCACCUACCACAAGAUCACCAGGACACACCAUCCCCACAUCCUUCACAACCUCCACCCCCCAAGACCCCCACGCUUAAAUAAAUAUCACA